CCUUAACUCAAUGACUUCCAAGUUGCUUAGCAAUGGCCGUCACAGCGCUCCUAGGAACGUGUAGCAUUGGGUCGCUUCGGACCGGGUUUUUAUCGCUGUUGAGACAGCAGCUUCCGGUCUGUGCUGUGUUUAUGAGCUCGUCCUCACAGUUUAGAGAAGAACAACUCCGGAUAAGGCAGGCCCAGCUUAUGUCCCGUGGCUUGCCGAAGCAGAAGCCAAUUCCCGGUGUAAAGCAUGUAGUGGUGGUAGCAUCUGGCAAAGGAGGGGUUGGCAAAUCAACAACUGCAGUCAAUUUGGCAUUGGGUAUUGCUGCAAGUGAUCAGGUUAAAGCUGUGGGCUUGCUGGAUGCCGAUGUUUAUGGACCCUCUAUACCACGAAUGAUGAACCUAAAGGGAAACCCAGAGUUAUCCAAAAACAAUCUCAUGAUUCCUCUUGUCAACUACAGCAUAAAAUGCAUGUCAAUGGGCUUCCUUGUGGAGGAAACUGCACCCAUUGUGUGGCGAGGUUUGAUGGUCAUGUCUGCGAUCGAGAAGUUGCUACGGCAGGUGGACUGGGGGGAGUUGGAUUACCUGGUGAUUGACAUGCCCCCAGGAACAGGGGAUGUACAGCUGUCCAUCUCUCAGAAUGUCCCCAUCUCUGGGGCAGUGAUAGUCUCAACUCCCCAGGACAUUGCUUUGGUGGAUGCUCGCAGAGGAGCUGAAAUGUUCCAGAAAGUCAAUGUGCCCAUACUAGGGCUCGUUCAGAACAUGAGUGUAUUUCAGUGUCCAAAAUGCAAUCACGAGACACACAUUUUUGGGGAGGAAGGAGCCCGACGAUUAGCAGAAACGCUAGGAUUUGAUGUUUUGGGAGACAUCCCUCUCCACAUCAACAUCAGAGAGACCAGUGACCAGGGUAGACCAGUGGUGGUGUCAGACCCUCAGAGCAGUGAAGCCAAGGCAUACCUGAAGAUUGCCAGUGAGGUCCUCAGCAGAAUUUCCUAAACUGAACUGUAAUCUCAUGAAACAAGUGAGAUGACACAACCCUCUCAGAGACUGCGUGUGGGACAGUUAUACAGAGAGCAGGAGGAUGACGCAGUAUAUGGAGUUAGUAUGGAAUCACAGGGAUCUUCCACAUCCACUACCAAGCCAGUGAUAAACUUGAGAGUCGUGGAGAUCGAUAUUGCCUGUCGGACACUUAGGGGCAGAUUUAUUAAGGGUCGAAUUGGAAAUUCUAAUUUAUUUUUUUUUGGUCAAAACUCUCAAAUUUGAAUUGUGAAUUAUCCAAACUCGAUUCUAGUUUUAAUUCUAAAUUCGAGAUUUAUCAUACUCUGGCCCUUUAAGAACUCAAAUUUGACUAUUUGCCACUUUAAACCUGCCUAAUGACUGUAUAAGUCAAUGGAGAGGUCCAGGGAUCAGAUCGGUGAUGUUUGUAGCCUUCCUGACAUUCAAGUUUUUUAAAAUUUGAAUUGAGUUUUUAUAAUUCGAAUCAAAUUCGAUCGGAUCGGUAAAAUUAGUUUUUACAAUUUGAUUUUAUUAAUAGAACUCCCCAAGUCGAAUUUGGAAUUCAUUUGAAUUUAAAAAAAACUCACACGAAUUCAAAAUUCGACCCUUGAUAAAUGUGCCUCUAAAUAUCAACACAUCAAUGGCCUGUGAAGCAGCUGGAUGUUCUGUUUUUUUUUUAUGGACAGAAAUCUUUUAUUUACAAUCUGCUUAAAGGGAAAACCACCUAAAAACGUUUUCUUUUUUUUUUUUGCAUGAUAAAAGCAAAUGGAAUUCAAAGUGACUUUAUAAUGAAAUAAACAUUUUUCAGUGGU